AGUCGCCGCGCGGGACGCGGCCAUGGUGCAGCUUCGACCGCGCGCGUCCCGCGUCCCGGGCCCGGCGGCGGCGGCGAUGGUGGACGAGGACCAGCCCGCGUCGGAGGACGAGGAGGAGGCGGAAGCGGGGCACGGCCUGCUGCUCGGGCAGCCCAGCAGCGGCGCGGCCGCCGAGCCGCUGGAGGAGGACGAGGACGAGCUGGACGACGAGGCGCCCCCGGAAGAAGUGACGUUCGCCUGCGCCCAGGUGGAGGCCCGGGAGGAGGAGCGGCGCGUGCGGGACUCGGUGCGCAGGGAGAAAGCCCUCCUCAAGGAGAAGAGGAAACGCCGGGAGGAGCUCUUCAUUGAGCAGAAGAAAAGGAAGCUCCUUCCAGAUGCGAUUCUAGAGCAGCUCACAGAGGCCUCAGAGACCAGCAUAAAGAAGUCACCAGGAAAGUCGAAAGAAGUUGAUUUGCAGAAGAAAGGUGAAAGAUGCGAUAAAGGAAAUGAAUCCAAGAAAGCAAAAGUGCAGAAAGUACAGUCUGUUGGUCCUAAUAAAAGCUACGUGGCUGUAAGGCUGAAAGAUCAAGAUCUGAGAGAUUCAAGGCAACAGGCAGCCCAAGCUUUCAUACAAAAUUCUUUAUAUGGCCCAGGAACCAACAGAACUACUGUAAAUAAGUUCAUGUCUCUUGAGAAUAAGAGGCUACCUGUGAAAAAGGCUGCAGCACAGUUUCUCAAUAACGCUUGGGGAACCCAGAAGAAACAAAAUGCCAAGCGGUUUAAAAGACGGUGGAUGAUCAGAAAGAUGAAAACUUCUAAGAAGUAAAUCCUUUCAAGAUAAAAGAGUACUGAGUACUUUGUAUUAUAGGACUUAUUAGUUUGGAAUGUGACUUUGUGUAAA